GGGCGGCCGGCGCGGCCAUGCGGGUCCCGGGCUGCGGUCCGCGCGCCAGCCCCGGCCCCCGCCCCGGCCCCCGCCCCGGCCCUGCCCCGGCCCCGGCCCCGGCGCGGCGCGGCGACCCCGGCGGAGGCGGCGGGCGCGGGGCGCGCUCUGAGCCCGGGAUGCGCGGCCGCCCCGACCAUGGGCGUCGCCGCCUCCCGGAGGAGGGCGCUGCGCAGCGAGGCCAUGUCCUCCGUGGCGGCCAAAGUGCGCGCGGCGCGGGCCUUCGGCGAGUACCUGUCCCAGACGCACCCCGAGGGCCGCAACGGCGCAGACCACCUGCUGGCCGACGCCUACUCUGGCCACGACGGGUCCCCCGAGAUGCAGCCAGCCCCCCAGAACAAGCGCCGCCUCUCUGUCGUCUCCAACGGCCGCUGUGAGGGCAGCCUCUCGGAGGGGACCGGCGGAGGGAAGCCGGCCGGGGAGGGGCCCCAGCCUCGCGUGUACACCAUCUCCGGGGAGCCCGCCCUGCUGCCCAGCCCCGGGGCCGAGGCCAUCGAGCUGGCCGUGGUGAAGGGGCGGCGGCAGCGGGAGCGGCACCCCCACCACCACAGCCAGCCCCUGCGCACCAGCCCCGGUGGCAGCCACGAGGACAUCAGCAGGCCCUGCCAGAGCUGGGCGGGCAGCCGCCAGGGCUCCAAGGAGUGUCCCGGCUGCGCCCAGUUGGUCUCCGGGCCCUCCCCUCGGGCCUUUGGGCUGGAGCAGGCACCGCUGCCCGAGGCCGCCAGCCGCCGCAAAAAGCUGGAGAGGAUGUACAGUGUCGACCGCAUGUCUGAUGACACCCCCAUCCGCACCUGGUUCCCCAAGGAAAAUCUCUUCAGCUUUCAGACGGCGACCACAACUAUGCAAGCGGUGUUCAGGGGCUACGCGGAGAGGAAGCGCCGGAAGCGGGAGAGCGAGUCCGCGUCCGUGAUCCAGAGGAACUUCCGCAAGCACCUGCGCAUGGUCGGCAGCCGCCGCGUCAAGGCCCAGACCUUCGCCGAGCGGCGCGAGCGGAGCUUCAGCCGGUCCUGGAGCGACCCCACCCCCAUGAAAGCCGACACCUCCCACGACUCCCGCGACAGUGGCGACCUGCAGGGCUCCCGCUGCGCCCUGGGCGAGCCCUUCGAGGACGCGGACUGGGAGGCCGAGAAGGGCCUGGAGGCGGCCGUGUGCGCCGCGGAGGGCUUCCUGCCCCCCAAGGUCAUGCUCAUCUCGUCCAAGGUGCCCCGGGCCGAGUACAUCCCCACCAUCAUCCGCAGGGACGACCCGUCCAUCAUCCCCAUCCUCUACGACCACGAGCACGCCACCUUUGAGGACAUCCUGGAGGAGAUCGAGAGGAAGCUGAACGUCUACCACAAGGGCGCCAAGAUCUGGAAGAUGCUCAUUUUCUGCCAGGGCGGCCCCGGGCAUCUGUACCUGCUCAGGAACAAGGUGGCCACCUUCGCCAAGGUGGAGAAGGAGGACGACAUGAUCCACUUCUGGAAGCGGCUGAGCCGCCUCAUGAGCAAAGUGAACCCCGAGCCGAACGUCAUCCACGUGAUGGGCUGCUACGUCCUGGGCAACCCCAAUGGGGAGAAGCUGUUCCAGAACCUCAGGACCCUCAUGACUCCUUACAGGGUCACCUUCGAGUCCCCCCUGGAGCUGUCGGCCCAAGGGAAGCAGAUGAUCGAGACCUACUUCGACUUCCGGCUGUACCGGCUGUGGAAGAGCCGCCAGCACUCCAAGCUGCUGGACCUGGAGGACGUCCUGUGAGGCCGCCACCCCGCCGCUGCCUUGGGUCCAGACCGGCCACCGCGGGCCCCUCCGAUGCCGCUCAGGGUCCCUCCCGCUGCCCACAGGCCGCACAGGCCGCAGCCCCGGCGUGGCCGGGCGUUGACCGGCCCGGGCUUUGCUGGAGGCCAGAGGUCUCCUCCGAGGGGUUCGUAAGAACAAGUGCAAUUCUCUGCGCCUGGGUGACCCCGAGAGCAGCACCGCUGGGCGGCUAGUUCAGGCCGCGCCCCCAGAGGCCAGCCCAGCCCAGCGCGCCAGGACCCCAGCCCCAGCCCUGCCGUAUCGAUCACCAGCACCAGGCGGCCGUCCGGGGCCGGUCGCCCGGCUGCCUGGCCCAGCUCCGUCCCCAGCCAAGUCCCCGACUGUCUGCGCUUUGCUCCCUGCUCCCCUCCCCCGAGCUCCGCGCUGGCGCCCCUGCUCCAGCACAGGGGUGGGUCGAGCAGGCCCUCCUGCUCCCCAUCCUCUGCGCCCCCAACCCGUUGCUGCUGUUUCCAACUUCUGCCGCCGGGUCUGCAGACCCCUCCGCGCGAGAGGCCCGGCGGGGCUGGCCGGGGCAGGCCCCGGUGAGCAGGCACCCGCCGCGCGCUGAGUGGGGCCGGGACCCUGUGCUCCAAGCCUGGGCGCCGAGGGGCUGGUGGCUCCCCACCCAGCUGGGGGCUCCGGUUCAUAGCUGGGGCUUGGGGGCGGGCCCCCACACAGGCCCGGGUCCAGGGGCACCUGGCUGUGCCCUGCGCCCAGGCAGAGCUGAGGGCGGCAGCCCCGAACCGUGUACGAUACCCACAAGUGACCAUUAAAAGCGACCCUUCCCGAGGUGGCUGCCCGGCCUUCUU